AUGUCGCAAAGAACUCAAUGGCCACGCAGUAGUCACAACUUGCAGCUCUCUGGUGCCCGCGAAGGCCUAUGUCCUGUGUGCCCUGCCUGCGACGGCCAACUCAAAAAUCCAGACGAUGUCGUCGUCACGAACCUCAACCCUACCGAAGAUUAUAAGACCAGCGUUCUUAGCGGCCUAAACCCGAAUAUUAUAAUGGAGUGUGCUGGACGAGCAUUGAGUUGGUGGGCAUAUCAGGCAACCCAAGAGAUCAUCUAUCAGGAGUACUUGGCCAAAAACCUGUCAGAGAAAUAUUCUGCUCUGAAUCUCCAGAUGGACAAGAUAAUUCAUGAUGCCAAUUCUGAGAUCUCAAAUCUACGUAGCAAGAUCUCGAAUCUCCAGGUUGAAUUGGACGGUGUGAGGCGCAAGAACGAGGAUCUCACCCAGGCUAUGCGCGAGAAGACUCGCAAGCACCUGCAAACACAGGAAAUGUUCGAUAAGCUGAAGCGCCGGUCCAUGCUUGGUCAGGUGCAGAAUGCAGCCUCCGACGCUGUUGACGACACAAUCCAGGCCUCCGUUGCUGCGAAUCGGUAUGCUGACAGAAUAGGGAAUCCAAACCAGAGGCCACCUCCUCCACCUCUCUUUGCGCCCCAGCAAACAUCCAGCCAGCAGUAUUCAGGUCCUACAAGUAUUCCACACAAUGUGGCAUCCCAACAUAGGAUGGAUGGAAACAGAGAGGCUAACUGGACUUUGUUCAGCAGCCAGGAGGGUAUGCAGCCACACCAAUCUGACCAAGAACUCUCAACCCAUCGACACCGACUCGGGCCAAGCGGCCAGCAGCCUACACCAAGAGGAGGUAUCGCCAAUUUUCCGCCGAAUGGUAGCAGCUCCAGUGCCCAGAUAUCUCAACGAAGGCCAUCACCUCGACAGCCGCUAGGCAAUAUUAAUACGAAUGUUGGUAGUGGAUCGCCUUUUGCUGGUUAUGGUAUGAGUGCUGGUCUCAAGGUUAGUAAUCCGGCUGGCAUAUCUGGAACCAGCGCCGGUAGGCCUUUGAUGCGUUCAAGGGCGGCUCACCGCUCAGCUUCUGGUUUUCCGCCACGCAGGCAAGCAGCGUUUGGCCCCUCGCCAACCCCGAAUAUGUUCUCAACCGCAUCCGACUUCUAUUAA